UGUAGUGGUCCAGCAUUUUUUGAAAGGAAUUUUUUAAGGACGAUAAAAGAGAUUCUCAAGAACUGACUUGUGAUUUACGUUAUUAUCAUGGACGCCUCCUUGUCGCAGUUUUUCAAGGAGCAGCAUGCCUUACCGGACAACCAGCAUUGUUUCGAGUGCUUCCAGAAGGACAACUCCUGGGCCUCGACCAUAUCCUGAGCAAAAACGCCCCCACCCCAUAGUCAAGUAGGGAUUCUAGCAACACAAAUCUCCAAGUUUUGGGAGCUGGGCAUGACAAGUCUUCCUCUUUAUUGUAGUGCUGGUUGGCAAGGGAAGCCGCAUGAGAAAGCCAUUUUCUCAUCCUGUUUACAGCAUUGCAAGUUCCAAAGCACGAUUGGAAAUGUCUCGUCUCAUGGAGCUGCUCAUUCCAAACGUUCCUGGUGUCAUUGCGAAUUUGCAUGACAACUAUGAAUGGGGUGGGGACGUUUUUACAUAGGAUAGACCAGUUUCGGCAUCUACCUGUGCCACACCUGCUCCGGGGUGCAUCGGAGCCUGGGCUCGCACGUCAGUUUCGUUCGCUCCUGCACGAUGGACCGGUGGCAGCCCGAGCACAUGCUCCGGAUGCGAUUCGGCGGAAACAGACUGUUCGACGACUACUUGCAGCAAAACGUGGGCGCGAAUUGGCGAAUUACGUGGAAAAACGUGCCCUUGGGGGAGAGGUGGGAUGAUGAUAAUGUUUCUGCGCAUGGUUUUGUGUUGAAUUAUUUCAACAAUUUAUAAUAAAUUGCGCGAUUUCAAUUUCUUCACGUAUAAGCCUGCUUCUUCAUUGUUUCCAAGCGGGUCUCGAUUUUGCCCUGCAGCAGUUGAACCGGCUUUGAAGGUGAGUUCCGUAUCAAAUAGGUUUUGGUAGCGUCAAAAACGAUCUUCUACAAUCGAUAACUUGUUUCGUUGUAGCGCAACUUCUACACUACGACACAAGGUACCAGCACCCAGCCAGUGUGCGUUUCAAGGAGGAGAUGACGGCGCACUUGGCCGCAGCUGCGUCCUCCUCUACAAGUUCUGCAGCUUCGAGUGCUGCUGGCCCGGUAAGGACGACCAGUUCCGCAUCUGGUUCCUCGUCAACAUGGUCUAUUGCAGCUCUGCCGCAAGCAAAUGCAAUUUCGUGUAGUACAACGACUACUGUACAACUAGGAGCUGCUGCUGCAUCCGCGGCCUCGCAGGGAGGAAAUCAUCUUGGCCGGCCGCGCAUAGUUGGAGAUGACAAGGGACCGACAUCAAGUAGUGGUUUACAUCUUCUUCACCCUACAACCGGGCUGCAGUCUGCAACCACGUCUGCGUCAGACACGGAUAUGAAGUCUUCUUCUUCCUCAUCGUCUUCAGCGAUGCUUUGUGCUAGUGCAGCAUUUCUCCCGAUCGGUCCUACGCAGACAACAAAUGCGACACUUUCAGGAGGCGGGACAGCAGGAAUGAAGCAAGAUGGUGCGCAGCAGGCGAUGUUGAACCAUCAGCCAGUGUACAAUGGAAUAGAUGGAAAAAGUAAGAGUCAACUACAUGUAGCUCCUGUAGCACCAAACGGAACAAAAAACGCAUCGUCGAACGGGAACAAUAUUAAGCAGGGUCAAGUUGUCGAUGUCUGGUCAGAUAAACUGUGGGGCAUGUGGGACGAUGAAUUCUGGGAAUCACCGACCUAAAAGCUACAUGUCGAGCAAAUAAAGUAGUCCACAAUUUAUUCAGCGAUCUGCGAGCACGCCUGCUACCCGCCAUGGCCACAAAACUUCUAU